AGUACAUCGUGUGCGUAAAAUCUAUUGGCAUUGUUCUAUUUUUUUAUUUAUUAUUUCAAGAGCAGAUGCUCAAAAGUUUCAGCAAAUCCCUCGACAAGUUAUCCGCCGAUUUCGGGCAGAUCAAAGCCAAACAAGAAUCCACGGACGUGGUCUUCCACUCGCUCGGAGAAAAAAUCCCGGCCCACUCGGCGAUCUUGGACGAGCGGUGUCCCUACCUGCUGAGGGGCGUCAAACGGGCCUCGAGGAAGUGGAAGAAGCGCAGCCACCAGAAACCGUACGUCGUCAAGUCCCUCGGGAGCGCCGAAGUCGAGGGUCUCCUGCACCACUUGCUCACGUACGUGUACACGGGAAAGGUGAGCGGCAUCCACCUGGUGGCCCACCGCCUCCUGGCAGUGGCUCGCGAGGAUUGCUGCGACCUGCCCGAGUUGAGGAGCAUAUGCGGAAAGGCGCUCUGCGAGAACGUCGUACCCCAAAAUUGCGUUCCCAUGCUCAUCAUCGCCCACGAGAACAACUGCAGGGACCUCAGGAUCAAGGCGAUGGACGUUGUCGUGGGUAAUAUGGCGAGCGUCGUCGAGACCGAUGAAUUUGCACGGCUCUACGACUGCGGGGAGUUGUUCAAGGAGGUCAUCCGCAAACUUGUUGGCGUUACGGACGCACGUGAUGCGAGCGCGUAUUGAUUGUUUCCCUCUUCUAUCUCUA